UGCAGUCACUGAAUUCGCGACACAUUACAUAUCUCGAUAUCUGUAUUUAUGGAUGGCGCGAACGGAACUAACGUGUAAAGACACAGCAGUCAAUGAUCUGGCUUCUGCAGAGUUCAGGGCAAGUUAACUUAUAUGGUUUGAAAAAAUGGAUCAUGGGAAAACAACAGAAGAAAUAGACUCAUCAGUGACUGAAUUAGUCAACUUGAUGAAUGAUACUUUCACAUGCUGCAUGAGGAACUAUCAAGCCUUACUGCCAUAUCUUGAGAAAAAGAAUACAAGACCCAAAAUAUAUCAAAAAUUAGUGCUUGUUAAUAUAAUGCUGAACAAGUUGAAUGAAGAACUUGUUGGACUUAGAGUUGAAUAUGUAACUGUGUCGUCACAUGUACUAGAAAGUGAGGCCGUUGUGUCUGAAAGAGGUAGGAAAAGAAAAACAUCUGAUGAGUCCAUGGUAGGCAGACCUGAGACCAAAAGUAUAAAAACAGAAGUACCAUUAUCCAGUAGCACUAAGUAUUCCUCAGAAAAUUUUGUAUCAAAAGAAACUGGAGAAACAAGACAUACCCAGGUGCAGAAGACUGACACACACAGGAUGGAAAGUAUAAAAACAGAAGUACAAGAUUCCAGUGAAGUUGAAGAUUUACUUGCUUUCCCCAUUAGUCAUAGUGAGAGUCCUACAUCUCAGGCAUCACUUGAUACUAGAGAUAAUAGAGUGACUGUUUGUUUUGAUGGUGAUGAGGAAAGUGCAUCUGUGGCAGAUAGGCUUGUGAGGAUUAAUACAUAUUUUAAACCCAUUGAUACAAUUACUCAGACAAAAAAUAAUGAAAUGUGUCUUACAUUGCAAAAUUCCGAAAGUGAGACCAGAGAUCAAGAGAAAUAUGAAGACAUUGGCAAACUUCUUAGUGAAGAUCAUAAUACUCACAGAGGACUGGAAAGAGAAGUUGGCUGUGCCACUUCUUUCUCUUACCAGGCAGAAAGACCUUUCAACAAUAAAGAACCACCUGUUCCUUUCACUGCUUGUGAUAAGGAAUCUGAUAAGUUGAUCGAAAUGAGAGCAAACAGUUGUAACGAGGUAGAGAAAAGAGCUCAUUCUCCUAUAAGAUAUGAAAAAGAUUGUGUACCUGUUCAGAGGUCAGUGGAACUGUUUAGUCCAGGACAUGAACUUUAUGGUGUGAUAAGGUACGAGAAUCGGAAAUUGAAAUGUGUGUUGUGUGAUUGUGAACUUGCCAAUUACAAGGUAGUGUAUGAUCAUGUGAAUGGGAAAAGGCAUCAACGGAAACAAGCUCCCAAGAAAAACAGCUGUGCUAAAAAGCCUGAUGUUUCAAAUAAUAGUUCUGUAAGUACAACACCUGCUUCUGUGUGUGCUACUGUUCCCUGCUCACUUGCUGAUACUGUUGCUAUUGUGGACAAAGGUUAUCAAUUAGAAGUAAUGGAGCACACAGUCAAAUUAGAUGAUAUGUGGAAAUAUUUUUCUGCACCACUUCAAAUCAAUAGAAAAUAUUUCUUGAUUCAUUCUGGUGAAGUGAUCUGCUCUCUUUGUAAUCAACGUAUAGAAGAACGUGUACGCAGUGUAAAGAUACAUAUUAUAAACUGUAAUCAUCUGAGACGGAUAAGAAGAUUAAGAAGCUUAGAAACUGCUUGGAAGUCCUCAAAUCAACAAAUGUUGAAAGUAGCGGGCAUUCUAGGUGGCUGUAUUCCUAAGACUCAGUUUACUUUGCAAAAUGAUGGGAUUUUUUGUAGAGUGUGUCAAUGUUUUUGUGAAAAUCAUACUGUAUUAAAUCAUUUGACGAGUCAAAUGCACUACAGAAAGUCACACAAAAUGGAAUAAGUAUAAUAUAAGAAAACAGAAACAGUAAAUGAUAAGAAUCUGUGUGGUUAUAACAUGUUAUUUUUAAUGUAAUUAUAUUAUUUCCUUUGGUUUUAUGUUAUGAUUCAUUGGUUAAGGCAUCAAGGCAGAGAUUUGAGAAAAUAGAUAGAACAAAUGGCACUUAAUUAAAGAACUAUUGAUGAGGAGAUAUAAAGGAUUUUCAAUCUAAGCUCAUAGACAACAGUUUUUAACAUGUAGGAGUCUUUGGUCCAAUUCAUUUUGAAAAUAUUAUGUUUCAAUGGCUCUUCCCUUGCCCCAUAGUUUUUAAGUGCAUGUUUUUCUUUGUUGGGUAGUUUAAGUUAAUUUUUAUUUAACUGCUUUUAUGUCUUAUUGAUCAUAUGUAAGACAAUUUGUUAUGUGAGUUACAUCAGAUGUUGAGGUAACAUUUUCUCUUGCUGGUGCACCUGCACACCAGUCGACUAUUCAAGCAUCUUGUAUGUAUAACUGUUUUGUUUAUCUAUUCCACAUUCUGUUAUUGAAGAGAGGAGUUGCUGAAUAGGAAUGCUUUUAGUAUUUUUGUUAAGUUAUUUGUUUAUUUAUUUAAUUUUAAAGUGGAAAAACUUGAAAUUAGGAGGCAGGUAAGAUUCAACAAGUGUUUGGGGGCAAAGCAAUGGGUACCACAUAGGUAAAGGAGUAACUACUUCAAAGACGAUGGCCAUCAGUGAAGAGUGAAGCGUGUUCAGGUAGGCCCUCAACAUCUGCAAGAGGUUAUUAAUAAUCACGUAAGAACCCUGGUGAUGCAGGAUAGAUGCAUCAUGAUCAGAGCACUUGCAGACAAGGUUAAAAUUAGUAUUGGAUCAAUUCAGUCCAUUUUAAUGGAAUAUUUAUAUCUCAGAAGACUCUCAGCACAAUGUGUGCCAAAAUUGCCAAGAACUGAGCAGAAGCAACUUUAUUUGGAGAUUGCACAUGGCAUGCUGGAUACUGUGAACAUUAAUAUCCAACUUUCUUAACACAGUGGUCACUGGUGAUGAAUUCUAGGUUCAUAGGUAUGACCAAGAAACUAAGUUCCAGUCAUAGCAAUGGAAGCAUCCACUGUCCCUAAGACCCAAAAAAGUGAGGCAGGUCUGCAGCAAUGUGAAAGUCACAUUGACCAGCUUCUUUGACUCCAGUGGCCUGGUCCAUCACGCGUUCAACCUAGAAGGUACUAAUGUCAAUAAGGAGUAGUACAAGGAGGUUUUGCUUCGCCUUCGUGUAGCAGUGAGAUGCAAAUGGCCGGACUUAUGCGGAGCGGGACAGUUUAAACCUCCAAUACAAUAAUGUGCCCACUCAUCAUUCUCAAAUAAUUCAAGUGUUUUGGCCAAACACAACAUAGCUGUGGCCGUUAGCCUCCCUGUUCCCCUGAACUAGCAUCUAGUGACUUCUGGCUUUUCCUAAACUGAAAAAGUCUCCAAUAAAGUGACCAGAUUUCAGAACAAGGAAGACAUUAUAAAGAAUUCGUUGGAGCAGCUGCGCAACAUACUAAAAGAGGGUUUCCAGCAGUGGCAGCAGUGUUGUGUACAAGGUGAAGGGGACUGCUUUGAAUGUGACUAGUGUCAAUUAAUUGUAUCUGAAUAAAGAUUCAUGUUAUAAAUAAAA